CUGAAGGGGUCUCCCACUUGUAAAUGACCCGGGGGAAAAAAAAAAUUCAUGACGACUUCACUGGGCCUCCUCUUAUUCUUCCAUUUUUCUCUCCACCUGUCCUUUUCGUGGAAUGGAGCGUCAUUCCUUAGAGCACAAAAUCUGUUGUGCAUCUAAUAAUGACCGUGCUGUGAUAGGAUUCUUAAACAGUUUUACGCGUGAGGCUUGAAAUGUUAACAGAUGAUGGUUUGUUCGUUUGGAUUACUGCGGAACUGCAGCUCCGUCCCUGCAAGGAUUUUAUCCUCAGCCCUGCACUGAUUAAGCUUUUUUUCUACAAAGAUGGCAGUGUGCAGGGUAGAAGGGAACAGGACCCAUAUGUCAGUGGUCUAGGAUGGCCAGUGAAGGCUCCAGCAUCCCAAGUCCUGUGGUCCGUCAGAUUGACAAGCAGUUUCUGAUUUGCAGCAUAUGCCUGGACCGUUACAAGAACCCCAAAGUACUUCCCUGCCUGCACACUUUCUGUGAGAGGUGCUUACAGAAUUACAUUCCAGCCCAUAGCUUAACACUUUCUUGCCCCGUGUGCCGCCAAACCUCCAUUCUGCCAGAGAAAGGGGUUUCUGCACUCCAGAACAACUUCUUUAUCACCAACCUGAUGGAUGUCCUGCAACGAACGCCGGACAACAGCAUUGAAGAGUCCUCCAUUCUGGAGACGGUCACCGCUGUUGCUGCCGGCAAGCCGCUCUCGUGCCCCAAUCAUGAUGGAAACCUGAUGGACUUUUACUGCCAGUCCUGCGAGACAGCCAUGUGCCGGGAGUGUACAGAGGGAGAACACGCAGAGCAUCCCACGGUACCACUCAAGGAUGUGGUGGAACAACACAAGGCUUCCCUCCAAGUCCAGUUGGAUGCUGUCAACAAAAGGCUUCCAGAGAUCGACUCAGCACUUCAUUUUAUAUCUGAAAUCAUACAUCAGUUAACCAACCAAAAGGCUAGCAUUGUAGAUGACAUUCAUUCCACAUUUGAUGAACUCCAGAAGACUUUAAAUGUGAGAAAGAGCGUGCUGCUUAUGGAACUGGAAGUGAAUUAUGGCCUUAAACACAAAGUCCUCCAGACACAGCUGGAUACCUUACUUGAAGGACAAGAAAGCAUUAAAAGCUGCAGCAACUUUACGGCUCAAGCCCUCAACCACGGCACUGAAACGGAAGUUCUUCUGGUGAAGAAGCAGAUGAGCGACAAGCUGAAUGAACUGGCUGAGCGGGACUUCCCGUUGCAGCCCCGUGAAAACGAUCAGCUGGACUUCAUAGUGGAAACAGAAGGCCUGAAGAAGUCCAUUCACAAUCUGGGUACUAUUCUAACGACCAAUGCUGUUGCCUCUGAAACAGUUGCCACGGGUGAGGGGCUGAGGCAGACAGUGAUCGGACAGCCCAUGUCCGUUACCAUCACAACUAAGGACAAAGAUGGGGAGCUCUGUAAAUCUGGGAACGCUUACCUCACUGCUGAACUGAGCACACCUGAUGGGAGCGUAGCAGAUGGAGAAAUACUUGACAAUAAAAAUGGCACUUAUGAAUUUUUGUAUACUGUUCAGAAAGAAGGGGACUUCACUUUGUCACUGAGACUUUAUGAUCAACAUAUCAAGGGCAGCCCAUUCAAACUUAAAGUGGUCAGGUCGGCAGAUGUGUCCCCUACCACUGAAGGGGUUAAGAGGCGUGUUAAAUCUCCUGGCAGUGGUCAUGUGAAGCAGAAAGCUGUGAAAAGACCUGCGAGCAUGUACAGCACUGGCAAAAGAAAAGAGAAUCCCAUUGAAGAUGAUUUGAUCUUCAGAGUAGGCACCAAAGGAAGAAACAAAGGGGAAUUUACGAAUCUUCAAGGUGUAGCUGCAUCUACAAAUGGAAAAAUAUUAAUAGCAGACAGCAACAACCAGUGUGUGCAGAUAUUCUCCAACGAUGGUCAGUUCAAAAGCCGUUUUGGCAUACGAGGAAGGUCUCCUGGCCAGUUGCAGCGGCCAACAGGAGUGGCUGUGCAUCCCAGUGGUGACAUCAUUAUUGCAGAUUAUGAUAACAAAUGGGUUAGCAUAUUCUCAUCAGAUGGAAAAUUUAAGGCCAAAAUUGGGUCUGGAAAACUCAUGGGCCCUAAAGGUGUUUCUGUGGAUCGUAACGGACACAUCAUUGUAGUGGACAAUAAAGCAUGCUGUGUCUUCAUCUUCCAGCCAAACGGGAAAAUAGUCACAAGGUUCGGUAGUCGAGGAAAUGGUGACAAGCAGUUUGCAGGUACACUUGAUGGUCCUCAUUUUGCGGCUGUAAACAGCAACAAUGAGAUUAUUGUUACAGAUUUUCAUAACCAUUCUGUCAAGGUAUUUAACCAGGAGGGAGAAUUCAUACUGAAGUUUGGAUCAAAUGGAGAAGGAAAUGGACAAUUUAAUGCACCAACUGGAGUAGCUGUAGAUUCUAAUGGAAAUAUUAUCGUAGCAGACUGGGGAAACAGCCGAAUACAGGUUUUUGAUGGAAGUGGAUCAUUUUUAUCCUACAUUAACACCUCUGCUGACCCACUUUAUGGUCCCCAAGGUCUGGCCCUUACUUCAGAUGGCCAUGUGGUAGUUGCAGACUCUGGAAAUCACUGCUUCAAGGUCUACCGAUACUUACAGUAGCAAUGAGCUCCGGAGCUGGAUAAUCGUCCAACCUUAAGAAAAGACUGGUCCUGGAGAUCCAGUGCAGGAUAUCUCCUGCUUUGAGUUCAUUUUUAAGAAUGGAGGAGUCUCGCAUGGACUUCUCGCGUUAAUUUCCAAGCUUACCUUGUUUACAUAGGACUUGCACCUCUUGCGUUUCUCACUGAACUUUUUGUUGUAAGGGUUAAUACAGAGAAUCUUCUUUAACUGAAUUCAUAAAGACAAUGGGAUCUUACACACAAACUGCAACUAAUGGAACUGGAAUUAACUAAUUAGGCAAAAAUGAGAAAAAUUUGGGAAGAGUCCCCAAAGCUUUUUGAAGACUGCAAAGGAUAGCUCCUGCUCAGAGCUUCUAAAUUUGAAGUAUCAUGGUUAUGCAUUAUUUAACCCAGAGGUGAUCCUGGUUAUCUUCUAGAUCUCAUUAUCAUGGUAGGUAUUACACUUUUAACAUUCUUCAGUCUUACUAUCUAUAACAAGUAGGUCCUUUUAGUAUAAGGUUAAGUCUCACAAGAUCUGUCUAGCUCUAACUGUCAGGCCUAACACAGCUC